UUUCAACUUGUAAUCAGUUUUUUUUUUAAUUUAAGGAAAGGGAAUCUAUAUAUACAUCCUCUAUCAAGAUGGAACAACUUCGAUUCAUACCCACUAAUGAUGCUAUUGAAAUCGAUUAUGAAUCCUUACCUGAUGAUGCUUCGCUUGCUGCUCAUUUAUGUGCUGGAGCUUUUGCUGGAGUAAUGGAACAUACGGUCAUGUUCCCCAUUGAUUCUUUGAAAACAAGAAUGCAAAUUGCUCCUAGUACUACUAAACUUUCCAAAUCGAUCAUUCUGUCGAUUUCUAAGAUUUCAUCAUCUGAAGGUGCUUAUUCUCUUUGGAGAGGUGUAUCAUCAGUAGUUUUAGGAGCUGGUCCAGCACAUGCGGUUUAUUUUUCCGUUUUUGAAGCAACUAAAACUUUACUUGUAAAUAGAUUUACCGAUAGUCGUAACUCAAAUAAGAUAGUUACUGAUGAAAACCAUCCAUUAAUUGCUAGUGGAGCUGGGAUUGCUGCCACUAUAGCUUCAGAUGCAUUAAUGACUCCAUUCGAUGUUUUAAAGCAAAGAAUUCAAGCAUCAACUCAACAACAUCCGGGAAAUAAUUCAAUUAAAUUAUUAAAAUCUGCAAGUGAAAUAUAUAGAAAGGAAGGAUUUUCAGCAUUUUAUAUUUCUUAUCCAACUACUUUAUUUACAAAUAUUCCAUUUGCUGCUUUAAAUUUUGGAUUUUAUGAAUAUUUUUCAUCUAUAUUAAACCCAGGAAAUACUUAUAAUCCUUAUUUACAUUGUGUUUCUGGUGGUAUUGCUGGAGGAAUUGCAGCUGCCUUGACCAAUCCAUUUGAUUGUAUCAAGACUGCCUUACAAACAAGAGGUAUUUCAACAAAUCCAGAGAUGAGAGCUGUUACAGGAUUUUCAUCUGCUGCAAAGGCAUUACUUAAAGAAGGUGGUUCAAAAGCUUUUAUUAGAGGAUUAAAACCAAGAAUUAUUUUUAAUGUUCCAAGUACUGCUAUUUCAUGGACUGCUUAUGAAAUGGCAAAGGAAUUAUUAUUGAAAAAUUAAUAGAAAUUAGUACAGGAAGCAACAAAAGACCUAAAAAAGGAAUGAAAAUUAAUAUAUUAUGAAACAAUUUUAAAACUUUGUUAGGGUAUGAAUAUCCCUUUUAUUUAACGCCACCCCCUACCCUCAUUAAAUGCACCACCUCUUUCCCCCCUGGCUCUUAUCCAGUACCCGAUAUUCAUUCUAGCAGGUGAAUGUGGGGCUACUCAUUGAAAUAAGUCAAAGAUAUUUAUAUGUACAUAAUAAGAUAAAGAUAUAAUGAAUGAAUAAGUAUUAUGUAAAUGAUUUUAAUCUUGCAAUAUGUGCCAAAUCAUGUGGUUGUCUAGAUAAUUUCUGUGCAACAAAUGAAAAUAUUACACAUGAGCCAAGAAAACCAAGUAAAUUGAAAAAUGCUCGACGUGAAUAAGCACGUUCCUCUUCUUCAGUUCGGAAGGAUGCAAAUAUUCUUCUUAUACUA